AUGGCAAGUGAAGGCCGUGGAACAUGGAUCUCCCAGAUCUUUCAGAGGCUGUCGGAGAUUCCUGGCUACACCUGGGAUACUGAGAAAGAACCAUUCCAUUCUAGCUACGACAACUGGCAUUUCUUUGGUAGACGUAUACCUGAGGCUCAUCGGAAGAAUGUCGAAACUAGGGUGCAGCAUAAGAGCUCCAUGUCCGGUACUAUUGGGGCCCAUACACAAGCACGAUUUUUGAAUGGCGAAUCUACCAUACCAAUCAAUAACAGUAAACCGAGCGAAGAGGCAGUACCAGUGGUGGCACGAGUCUCCAGUCACAAAUUGAGAUUAGAAAGAGAAUUUACCGUGUGUAAAGCUGUUGUCAAAAGGUCCGAUCCAGAAUGCCACCACUUCAUUCGGCCUUUGGAAUUCAUUCGCCUACAGCCGCGCGCUGGACAGGUAGCCCUGGUUGUCUCAAUUUCAGAAGCACCCGGGCCUAAUUAUCUACGUGAGCUUGUCGAAUUCGGACCAAACGCAUAUAGAGGUGUGCAAAAAGCAGAUUCGUGGGAAUUCAAGAGCAUCGAGUCAAAGAAAGGCAAGGAGAUAUCCCUUCAAUCCUUUCUACAUUUCGCUAUAGGCGCUGCUACAUGUUGCGAAGUUCUUCACCACCAAAACGGACUUGUACACGGGGAGCUUAGAGGCGAUGCGUUCCAUCUGAACCGAGACACCGGCCGAGUGAAGAUGAUCAAUUUUGGCUCAGGUGCUCGGAGUUUCGAACAGGGCUUGACGAGUUUCUCCGGAUGGUCUUCGCUCAGUCGAGAGGUUGGUAUAGAACACAAGUUGCAGUUUAUCGCACCUGAGCAGACGGGCCGCUUACCCGCCGAGCCUGACCUCCGCACCGAUAUCUAUAGCUUGGGAAUUCUGUUCUUUACGAUUUUGACCGGCGAGAAUGCAUUCAGCGGCCAGACUCCGCUGAACGUAAUGCAGGCUCUGCUGAGUUCGCGUCUCCCUCCUUUGACUUCGAAACGACUUGAGGUGCCUGAGGCCUUGUCCGCGGUCAUCCAGAAAAUGACACAACGCAAGAUUGACGAUAGAUAUCAUUCUACAACGGGGUUGAAGCAUGACCUAAUCAAAAUCCAGAACCUACUCACAGAGGGCGACACCGCCGGGCUCGCAAAUUUCAAGAUCGCCGCAAAGGAUGUGUCUUCUUUCUUCAGCUUGCCGACAGGUCAAAUCGGUCGCCGAGAUGAGCGGCAGAAAAUAAUUGACACGAUAGACCGCAUUGCCAAGCGGCAGCAUCAGCCUCACGCGCUCCGCAGUGGAGUAAACACCAUGAGCUCUACGUCAUCAAAUGAUCCUAGAAUGGAAUCCAGCCACGCGGAUGACGCCUUUUCAGAAAGCGGAAGCUCUGAGGGACGACAGGACAGCAGAAAUGGAAGUGGCGUUGAUCCUGCACACGCAAAUGCCGCGACUCUGGGGCUCGUCAGCCCAAGGACGGUUGCUAACGCUUCGAGCAAUGAGGACAUGUCCGAUGUUAAACCUUUGCCGGCUCCUAGGAUUUCGUCUGACCACGGACGAGCCGCUAGUGCUAGUAUCAAUUCGUCGUCAAUCAUGAGGUCAAAUUCACUCCACAGCGGUAGCAACGAAAGCCCAUCAAUACUCUUAAGGAAAGUUCAACGCCUGCGGCGCAAAGGUCAUUGUGAGAUCAUAGCCAUCAAUGGCACGGCUGGGCUUGGCAAGUCGUGUCUGGUUCAGAGUGUUCAGGUACACGCUCGUUCGCAUGGCUAUUUCGCCUCAACAAAAUUCGAUCAAGCAAAACGAACUCCUUUCGAUCCCGUUCUGCGGCUUAUGUCUUCAAUCUUCCGUCAAAUCUUUUCCGAAAGCGACGUCUCCACCGAGUUUCAUAGCAUGAUCCGUAAUACAGUUUAUCCUGUCUGGGGCUCUCUUCAUGCGUACCUUGACCUACCUGCAUGGCUUCUGGAUUCUGGAGAUCACACGAACAGCUCUCGGCAGAAGUCUCCCCCAGCUGAUGUGUCGAGAAGAGCUUCUUCUCCUGCCCUGCAAAGUACAGCUGCUGGUUCAUCAGGAAACACGGCGGCCGAUUGGUUGCGAUCCGGUGGAUCCAACAAGUCAUUGCGGUUCAAGAAUACUUUCCUCGACGUACUUCGCCUCUUGGCCACAGAAAGUUUCAUAGCCUGCUCAGUUGAUGACUUACAAUUUGCGGACUCCGAGAGCUUAGAUCUUAUCCGCAAUAUUAUAUCCAGUAAAAUCCCCAUUCUCCUAAUAAUGACAUUCAGAGCCGAAGACAUGCUACCCGAAUGGAUCCGCGCUCUAUUACCUCGAUCUACGUACAUUGAGCUAAAGCCCUUCGCCGAAGAAGAAACGCUAGACUACGUGGAAGCAACCCUUCAUAGAGACAGAGAGUACAUACUACCAUUGGCAGCGGUGAUUCAGGAGAAGACUCGCGGCAAUCCAUUUCUGAUACGUGAGGUUCUCGAUACCUGCCAGCGAAAGAAUUGCAUAUACUACAAUUGGAAGGAUUCACUCUGGGAGUACGACAUCGACAAGAUCUUUUCCGAAUUUGAAUCUCAGUCAUAUGGCGAACAAAUUAACAAUGACUUCAUCACUAAAAAAUUCCGAGCACUAGCACCGGAAACGCAGUCGCUCUUAGCGUGGGCGUCCAUGAUAGGGACGUCAUUUUCCUUCAGUCUUAUCAAAGAUCUAAUGAGCGGGACGUACACUUGCCUUGAAGCAUCACCGAUGCCCAUCGUGUCAUCCAAAGAUGCUGUCGCUGGACUUGAAGGAGCCCUGGCAGUAUAUAUCAUCACGACUGGAGACACCGAGGAUCGCUUCAGGUUCAGUCAUGACCGCUAUCUGCAGGCAGCCAUGGCUUUGGCCGAUGACUACAGCGCUGCUGAGAUGCAUUUCCUGAUCGCCCAGACAAUGAUAAAACAUGGCAGCCAGGACAAUACUGUGGUAGGAAGCAAGUCUUUGUAUGUUCGCAGCAGACAUAUCUGUCUAGCCGCCGACCUGAUCAAGAGUCGACUUCCUGAACGUGCAGCCUUUCGCGAUGUUUUAUACCAAGCGGCGGAACAUGCGUGCGAAACAGGAGCUCGCGAGACAGCGUUAUUCUACUAUAGCAACUGCUUGCAACUGCUACAAGAUGACCCGUGGGACGAAUCUAUCGACUCACAAGUAUCUGAAUCUGGACUGCCAACCGCGCCUUGGGACGCAUCGACUCUCGUUCAGGGGUCUAAGAUCGGCGCCAAACACCAAGCCAGCAAGGAUGUCAACUACCAGGAGACUUUGAGACUUUUCACCCGUACUGCGGAGUGCUAUUGGUUCCAAGGUCUCUUCGAGCCUGCCCUGGGCCUAUUACAAACGACUUUCAACAAGGCGAAAGAUGCCGUAGAUAAAGCGCCUUCUUGGAUCCUACAAUCGCGAAUCUGGGCGAUCCAAGGUGACAGUCACAACGCUUGGAUGGCUUUGAAGACGUGUUUAUCAGACCUGGGACUUACGGUACACGACGCAUCAUGGGAAAAGAUAGAUUCCGAGCAACAGGCGCUCUGCGCGGUCGUCAUGCAACAGGAAGGUGGAACAGCGCUUGCUGAUCGACCGUUGACGAAAGAUCGGACAUUAGAGACCAUUGGUCCUGUUCUGGUUGAACUCCUCAGUGCAGCGUUCUGGAGUAACUCACUACUGUUCUAUCAGAUGACGCUUGAGAUGGUCAAACUCCAGCUGAAUCGAGGCACAGUGCCGCAAUUGGCUCUGGGCUAUCUGCACUGGUCCAGUAUCGUCAUCGGCAGGUUCAGCAAUAGCAAAUUAGGCAUAGAUAUCGCUGCAAUUGCCCGGCGAUUCCUCGACCGCUUCGGUGCCGAGGAAUCGUGUGGUGCAUACACUUUAGGCCGUUUUGGGACUCUGUAUCCACUCUUCAUUGGCCACUUAGAGACCCACAUCAGACAUCAGAUACCUUCAUUGAAUGAAGCAAACGAAGCUUCUGUGCAGGCGGGAGACCGGAUCAUGUCGUUACUCAACAGAGGCAUAGUCAGUUCCUUUCGUCUGCAAGCCUCCGAUGACCUAGCAGAGGUCGAAGCGUAUACCCAAGAAGCUCCCGCAGAGUACAAAAACUGGCAGCAUGAUUUAAGGGGCGGCGUAUUGCUAAUAUCUACAGCGCAAUUCUGCAAGGCAAUGCAAGGGAAAACGCGUACGUCUUCAGCUGACGGUGUCUUGAAUGACGAUAAUCACGACUCCACCACAUAUCUCCAGGAGAUUGAUCUUAGGUCCUCCAACCCGAGACGACCGCGCACUCUAUAUCUAUCAUAUCUUCUAGAGGCGCAAUACCGUUACGGUCACUUUGAAGAGGCUAUUGCGACCGGGGAGAGACUUCUCACGACGAUGGAGAGUCUGUUCUGCAUGAGAUAUACAUACUCCAAUCUCUUCUUCCUGAGUCUAAGCUACAUCGGCCUCUUACGACGGAGGGCGGAGAAUGGUGAGACGCAUGUCAGUAGCGAAGGCAUGAGCAGCAUGCGCGGCACUCUACUCACCAAGAUUCGCGGCUACUACGAGAGAAUUCGCUCGUCAACGUUAUUCAACGACAUAAACUAUCGACUAUGGCUAGCCUUGCUAUCUGCCGAGAUAGCCGAUGUCUCUGGUCAGGUCUCAGAGGCGAUGAGAAGCUAUGAAGCAGCCCUCGACGACGCUGAACUGAACAAUUUCACCUUGGAUGAAGGCCUUGCAUUCGAACUCUACGCUGGUUCUCUCAUCCGUCAAGGAGCCAAAAGACCUGCCAAACGCAUGAUGGUGGAAGCUAUAUCAUCCUAUCGCAGAAUAUCUGCAUUAGGCAAGUGCACACAACUAAAAGACCAAUACGAGUGGCUACUGCAGGGCUAUUCGAGCCUGAGUACAGCUGAUGCAGAAUGCCAGACCACCAUAAUCGACACGAAUAAUACGGAAUUUCGCUUGAGCCAGAAUGAAGCUCAGGAGAAUAACAAACUAGGCUUAGAGACGUCCGCCGACCGUACAACUGCAUGGUUGUCUCCUCAGUAUCCUAAUGGAAGGAAAGCAGAAGCUUCCCUACCGGUCAUGUCUAAUAACGCUACACUCUCUGCAUCAGGCCUCGAUGUGAUAGACCUUCAAGGAAUUUUAGAAGCCAGCCAGGUCCUAUCAUCUGAGCUGAAAGAGGACAAGUUACUAUCUAAGAUGACCGAAAUUAUACUAGAAUCAACGACAGCUGAUGUUUCUGCAAUCGUGGUCGAAGACCAAACCGAAUGGACUGUAGCCACCGUUGGUACCCCUGACGGAGUUACGACGUUUCCCAAAGGACAACCGCUCCAAUCCGUCGAUGAUCAAAUCGCUCGCCAGGUCACUCUCUACUCACUUCGCUUCAAGGAGAUCGUCUUUGUGCCCAAUAUCAUAGAGGAUGAAAGGUUUUCGAAUGUGCCGGAAGCAUACCUGCGUCGCAAUCCUGAAGGCAAGGCCGUUAUAUGCAUGCCAAUACUUCAUGGCAAUAACGUCUUACUUGGGAGUUUAUACUGCGAGGGACCACCAAACUCCUUUACAGAGCGUAAUGUUACGGUUCUUGGACUUCUUGUUAACCAAAUCGGUAUCUCCUUGGCAAACGCAUUGAUGUUCAAGCGUAUAGAGCGGGUCAGUGCGAGCAACGUUGCCAUGUUGGACAUGCAAAAACAAGCACUUGCGCAAGCUCGCGAGUCGGAAAACAAGGCCAAAAUCGCCGAAGCUAUAGCAAUUCGAAACGUGCAGUUGAAAGAAGAGGCUGCACGUGCAAAAUCACUAUUUCUGGCCAACGUCUCACAUGAACUAAGGACACCAUUGAACGGCGUCAUUGGCAUGUCGGAGCUGUUAAAGGCUAGCCAAAUGACGACCGAGCAGAACUCAUAUGCUGACAGCAUCCGAACUUGUGCUGAUCUUCUCUUGUCCAUCAUCAACGACCUCCUGGACUUCAGCAAGCUUGAAGCUGGCAAAAUGAAUAUGAUUGUGACUUCUUUAAAUCUUACGGAGACCAUUACCGAGGUUGUAAGGGCUUUAUCAUAUACCAAUGAAGAGCGUGGCUUGAAAACAAGGGUACUAUUAGAUGAUCGUCUGAAAGACAUUUUCGUGCUAGCAGACGGCAUACGCCUACACCAAGUGCUAAUGAACCUACUGUCGAACGCCUACAAAUUCACUACGGAGGGAGCAGUAACAGUUUCCGCCUCUGUGAUCUCCGAAACAAACGACACCGUGGACAUUACUUGCAGUGUCGCCGAUACUGGCAUCGGUAUCUCGAAGGACCAGAAAAAUAAGCUCUUUUUACCAUUCAGCCAGAUUGAGAGUUCAAGCUCGCGAGGAUAUGGAGGGACCGGCCUUGGGUUAUCGAUUUGUAAAGCGAUUGUAAGCGUUAUGGAUGGCAAAAUCUGGCUGGACUCUACUCCAGGUGUAGGCACGACUGUCUCAUUCGCUAUAACCUUCAAAAAGGUGACAGAGACAGAGACGGAAGCGAGGGGACGAGACGUGAAUCCUAUGGCUAAGUUCUCUACACCAACUGCUCAGGAGGGUCAACAGGCGCCCGGUAUAAUUGAUCUGUCCACGAUCCCUCGAGAUCAACUACGCAUCUGCAUAGCAGAGGACAACCUAAUCAACCAACGCAUCGCCAUCUCAUUUGUGGCUAAGCUUGGCUUCCAAUGCGAAGCAUUCGUAGAUGGGAGCAAGACCAUCGAGGCUUUGGAACGAGCAAGUCGGGAGGGAAAACCGUUCCACCUAGUCCUUAUGGACUGCCAAAUGCCCGUCAAGGAUGGCUACGACGCUACUCGCGAUAUUCGCCGACACCCGGACCCGGUUGUGAAGAAUGUAUUGAUUAUCGCGAUGACUGCUUCUGCCAUACAAGGUGACCGAGAAAAAUGUCUUGAAGCAGGAAUGAAUAAUUACCUGGCAAAGCCUGUCCGGUGA